GAUGAUGAUGAUGAUGGUGCUAGCAAUCCUCGAGCAGCCUAGCUGUGUGGAACUAGCGUGCUACCAAACUGAAAGGAGUGUGUAUUGGGGACAGCACAAUGAGGGACAUUAUGAACUAUUAUAUACUUAUUCCACUACAGCGUAUUGACAACAUUUUCGGGAGCUAGUGGCGUCCUUUUCCUCACAGAAGCGGGACUGUCCCGAGCCUCGGUGUCAUUGCUUGGAUGGACUAAGGUUAGAGAGCUAGCACCGCUGGCUGAGACUUCAAGAGCGGGCACGAAUGGGAUUUUAAGACAGCUAGCCGAUGCUAAUGUUUGUGCUGGCUGAGUGGCUUCGCGGCUAACCGGGUGGCGUUAGUUAUCUGACACAGUUAGUUGACAUCGCUCAUCUGAUAAUUACCAGCCUCUGAAAGGAACAGAUUUGCUGGCACAACCAUGCCUCCCAGGCCUUCUUCGGGAGAACUAUGGGGGAUGCACUUGAUGCCCCCCAGCAUCCUAGUGGACUGCCUCUUGCCAAAUGGCAUGAUUCUUACAUUGGAGUGCCUCCGGGAGGCCACGCUGAUCACAGUCAAGCAUGAGCUUUUCAAAGAGGCCAGGAAGUACCCUCUAUACCAUCUGCUGCAAGAGGAGAGCUCCUACAUCUUUGUCAGCGUCACUCAGGAGGCAGAGCGGGAGGAAUUUUAUGAUGAGACCCGGAGGUUGUGUGAUCUUAGACUCUUCCAAGCCUUUCUCAAAGUUAUUGAGCCAGUGGGCAACAGAGAAGAGAAAAUUCUCAACCGUGAGAUAGGUUUUGCUAUUGGAAUGCCUAUAUGUGAGUUUGAUGUGGUGAAAGAUUCAGAAGUUCAGGACUUCAGGAGGAACAUUUUAAAUGUUUGCAAAGAAGCUGUGGACCUCCGAGACAACAACGGACCACACAGUAGAGCUUUGUACGUGUACCCUCCAAAUGUAGAAUCCUCAGUAGAACUUCCCCGACACAUCUACAACAAACUAGAUAAAGGUCAAAUCAUAGUCGUCAUUUGGGUUAUUGUGUCACCCAGCAAUGACAAACAGAAGUAUACCCUAAAAAUCAACCAUGACUAUGUGCCAGAGCAGGUAAUAGCAGAAGCCAUUCGUAAGAAGACACGCAGCAUGCUGCUCUCUCAGGAGCAGUUGAAGAUGUGUGUGCAGGAGUAUCAGGGAAAAUACAUCCUCAAAGUCUGUGGCUGUGAUGAGUACUUACUGGAGAAAUACCCUCUGAGUCAGUACAAGUAUGUGCGCAGCUGUAUCAUGCUGGGACGGAUGCCCAACCUGAUGCUAAUGUCAAAAGACAGCUUGUACUCUCAGUUACCCAUGGACAAUUUCACCAUGCCAUCAUAUGCAAGGCGAAUAUCUACAGCGACACCUUACAUGAAUGGGGAAACAGCCACCAAGUCUCUGUGGACUAUAAACGGAACACUAAGGAUCAGGAUAUUGUGCGCCACAUACGUCAAUGUCAAUAUCAGAGACAUUGACAAGAUCUACGUCAGGACCGGGAUAUACCACGGUGGAGAGCAGUUAUGUGACAAUGUCAACACUCAGCGGGUGCCCUGUUCAAACCCUAGGUGGAAUGAGUGGCUUAACUACGACAUGUACAUUCCAGACAUCCCCAGUGCUGCAAGACUCUGCCUCUCCAUCUGCUCUGUGAAGGGGAGGAAGGGUGCUAAAGAGGAGCACUGUCCUCUGGCCUGGGGCAAUAUCAACUUGUUUGACUAUACCCACACAUUAGUAGCAGGAAAGAUGGCUCUCAACCUUUGGCCUGUCCCACACGGUUUGGAGGACCUGUUAAACCCUAUCGGCGUCACAGGUUCCAACCCCAACAAGGAAACCCCUUGUCUUGAACUGGAGUUUGACCAUUUCAGUUGCCCUGUCAAGUUCCCAGAUAUGACCACCAUUGAGGAUCAUGCAAACUGGAAUAUAUCCAGAGAGUUAGGUUUCAAUUACUGCCACACUGGUUUGAGUAACAGACUGGCACGUGACAACCCCCUGACUGACAGCGAUAAUGAGCAGCUACGACUGGUAUGCAACAGAGACCCGCUGUCUGAAAUCACUGAGCAGGAGAAAGACUUUCUGUGGAGGCACAGACAAGACUGUGUCAACAUGCCAGAGAUCCUUCCAAAGAUCCUGUUGGCUGUGAAAUGGAACUCCAGAGAUGAGGUUGCACAGAUGUAUUGCCUUCUGAAGGACUGGCCUGCUAUCAAGCCAGAACAAGCCAUGGAGUUGCUGGAUUGCAACUUCCCCGAUCCCAUGAUCAGAGAGUUUGCCGUGAAGUGCCUUGAGAAAUAUCUAACGGAUGACAAACUUUCUCAAUAUCUCAUUCAACUAGUUCAGGUUCUAAAGUAUGAGCAGUACCUUGAUAACCCACUUGCACGCUUCUUGCUGAAAAAGGCAUUAACCAAUCAAAGGAUAGGACAUUUCUUCUUCUGGCAUUUAAAGUCAGAGAUGCACAACAAGACGGUGAGCCAGCGGUUUGGCCUGCUGCUGGAAUCGUACUGCCGGGCCUGUGGCAUGUAUCUGAAGCACCUGGGCAGACAGGUGGAGGCCAUGGAGAAACUUAUCAAUCUCACUGAACUCCUCAAACAGGAGAAAAAAGAUGAGGCACAGAAGGUUCAAAUGAAGUUUCUGGUGGAGCAGAUGAGAAGACCUGACUACAUGGAUGCACUACAAAGCUUCACCUCCCCACUGAAUCCUGCUCAUCAGCUGGGAAACCUGCGCCUGGAGGAAUGCAGGAUGAUGUCAUCAGCCAAGCGACCUCUAUGGCUUAAUUGGGAAAACCCAGAUAUGAUGUCAGAGUUGCUCUUUCAGAACAAUGAAAUCAUCUUCAAAAAUGGAGAUGAUCUGAGGCAGGACAUGCUGACACUGCAGAUCAUUAGGAUAAUGGAGAACAUCUGGCAGAACCAAGGCCUUGAUCUCAGGAUGCUGCCGUACGGUUGCCUCUCAAUCGGCGACUGCGUCGGGUUGAUCGAGGUGGUGAGGAACUCUCACACCAUCAUGCAGAUCCAGUGUAAAGGAGGCCUGAAGGGGGCACUGCAGUUCAACAGCCACACACUGCAUCAGUGGCUUAAAGAUAAGAACAAGGGAGAGAUGUAUGACCAGGCCAUAGAUCUGUUCACACGUUCAUGUGCAGGCUACUGUGUAGCCACAUUUAUCCUGGGAAUAGGAGACAGACACAAUAGCAACAUUAUGGUCAAAGAUGAUGGACAGCUGUUCCACAUAGACUUCGGCCAUUUCCUUGACCACAAAAAGAAGAAAUUUGGGUAUAAGAGGGAACGGGUGCCCUUUGUGCUUACUCAGGACUUCUUGAUCGUCAUCAGCAAAGGAACUCAAGAGUGCACCAAAACAAGGGAGUUCGAAAGGUUCCAGGAAAUGUGUUACAAAGCGUACCUGGCGAUCCGGCAGCAUGCCAACCUCUUCAUUAAUCUCUUCUCCAUGAUGCUGGGCUCCGGCAUGCCAGAGUUGCAGUCAUUUGACGACAUUGCUUACAUCAGGAAGACCCUGGCCCUGGACAAGACCGAGCAAGAGGCCCUUGACUACUUCAUGAAGCAGAUGAACGAUGCUCACCAUGGUGGCUGGACUACUAAAAUGGACUGGAUCUUUCACACAAUCCGCCAGCACGCCAUGAACUAAAAGAGCAUCUAAGGAGAGUGAGAAGUAAUAGCCUGGGGCAACAAUAGCACAUAAUAACCAAAAGAGGAUGGAGAAGCUAGAAAAGUAUUUUCCCAAACACACCAAGACCUGGUUAAUAUUUCUGCCAGCAUUUGACUCUGAAAUAUGAUGUUCCGGUGAACCACAGAAUGACUGUGGUCAGAAGGGCCUAUUUCAGGGACAUAAUGCCUAAAGGCUCCUGUUUUACAGGUGUCCUAAUGUCUUCUCCCUCCACUAUGAACUCAACAAGGCAGGGCGCAGUUAUAUUUUUUAUCUGUCUUCUUCAUAGGAACUCAAUAAGUACUACACCUAUACGUUGACUGUCUUCAUGCUAACAAUACGGACACAUAUUUAUGUUCUAAAAUGUCUUUCAAAACAUCUACAUCCAUUAGCAUUACGACAGGAGCAUCUCAAAGUGGUUUACCAUGAGCACAGCUGGCUUUUCCUAAAGAUGAACUGACUGUUGAUUUACACGACCUAAUUUUGAAGACGCAUGUAGCCAGGCCGGCAGACAAACAUCACUUAAAGUCCAAGACUGACAGAGGACCUGUUGUUGUUGAAAGUACUUAGCUAGCAUUUAACACUUUUGAAGCAACUGAAACGACUUAUUUGUAGCCCACAGAUGAUGUGUCCUCAGUUCAGAAAACACACCACCACCUAACUGACCUUUGUACAGAGAUAUAUUCAAAGACUUGUUUGCAUUUGGUGCACAUAUUCCUUUUUGAUUCUAUUUUCUACUGAGCCAAAGUACUACAUGUGCAACCCCCACUUCUCAGCAGUCGUAUCGUCAAAAAAGAAAAAAAGUCAGUACUAUUCCAAGUCUUGUGUACUCAUGGCACUGAUCUCUGCAGUAUUUGUUGUGUUUUGUCUAUCAGUAUUACUUUGUGCUGGACGACGCUGACGUCCAGCAACAACCCCACUGUGCAGGUGGAUCGUGGAACGUGCAGAAAUGUUUAAUGAUGGCCAGCUGAGUGGCAUGCUAUGAAUUGGCCUUUUGCCAUUCAGCUGUUUAAGGCAAGAAAUGCAGGGGGAAAGGAUGUUUAAUCUUUCUUUUGGGUGCUGUGCUGUUACACUAUGCAAGUUGUGAUCCUAAUAUGUACUGUAUACAAAAAAAAAAGAGCGGAAGUCCGAGUAGAGCAGAGACAUACACACACAGAGAGAAGUGUGCCUGAACGUAGUACCGAGAGUACAUGGAAGAAAAAAAAAAAAGCAAUGCUCCACUGGAACAGUAUUGUCUACUUCCUAACAAAAGAACACUAAGAGACGCCUUUGGACCCUGCCUUUUGCUUCUCGCCCAGGUUUCUGUGUGGAGCUCCAAUCGAAGCCAUCUGUAAAAUACUUAGAAAUGUUGAGUUUUGCUCCCGUCUUCUUCUUGAUCUCAUUUACUCAAGAUAAUUUGAGACAUCAUCACAUGUACCACAUGGAUCCAGAUGGCAACAGCCAGGUCUGUGACUGUCACCCUUACAUGUGGAAGAAUAGUGCAGAUUUCUUCACUGCACAGACACAUACUGUAUGCUGGAGGUCAGUAAAUGUUCUUCCAGCUUUACCAAAAUGACACCCGACAGGGUGGUUUCCUGGUCACACAAGUGUCAUUUUUGAUAAAAACUUCUGUUCAUGCUAUGAAAACCAUCAGUGAAACCGAUCCUAUUGAGAUGCAUGUGCUUCUGUACAGGAGACAGAGCAGCGGGCCGGACCCAAACUAAGAAAGCUAGACCCCAUUUACUUUAUGAAAUAACUGUCUAAAAGGAUGCUGUUUCCCUGUAUACUCAACACUUGUUAUAAUUCUUUUCUGUUUCUUACACUGCAUUAUGCAUGAGGUCCUUGAAUAUCUCUCUUUUUUUUAUUUGACCUGAUGUUGUUUACUUGAAUUUCACGUAUAGAAAUGUCCUUGUUACUUGUGUGGGGUACAACAAAGUCACAAUGAAGGUAACAGAUACUGCUACUACAUGUGCAAAUGCUUUCCUUGAAUAACUACAGAGGUAAUAUAUUUUUGUAUUUUUAAAUGUAAGCAAACUCAUAUAUGUAACCGCUAACCAAAUGAAACGGAGCAAUCACGCAUAACAUGCACCAUAGGUAUAUGAAACCCAGUAGACAGCUUCUAGUUGUUGAAAUAAUAUGAAUGACACAGUAGAGGUGAACUGUUGAAUGAAGGACGUGGAGUUGAUGCUGUUGUGAGAGUUUGGUUGUCGUGUCUCACAGAGACAUUUCCUGACCUGUAAGCACAAUGGGGAGGAAGACACUACCCUGCAUGUUUUGAACAGAACCAUAUUCAUGUUAGUUAUCUGUCCAUCUGUAUAUAUCAUAAAAACCUUCAAAUAAGUUUUUAGUCAUCAUAUGGCCAUGUCUGAUAAUAAACUGUAUGCAUUCAUUUAUUUUAUCGUACUGUUGAAUAAAUACAUUUUCCUUAUCUAAA